UAUAGGUUUCUAGAUGGUACUGUUGUACCUUCACGCCUCACUUUACAGAGCAACUUUAUACCUGGUGUGUUUUUCCAAUAGCCAUUAGCCCGAGUCCCUUUCAUCUUCGCAGCAGAAGCUGUUUCUAUUUAUCCGCUUAAAAUCAAUGGGUGCCGUCACAAGUGGUCCUAUUAUGACGACGGCACCAUUAAGAAUGACGGCUAGAAAGAACGGGGCAAUGGUGAUCCCUCCCAGAGCCUGCGCUGCACAGUGGAGUCUCCGCAUCGCAGGGUCAGCACAUCCCCCUCGCUGCUUGUGUGUUCCUGUUCAAAGCUUGUUUUCUUUGCGUCUUGGCGUUCACACCACAUCCAUAAUGGAAAACAGAAAGGAGGUGGUGAUGUUCAUGGAGGGAGGUCAACUUGGCACGCUAGUUGGCAAGAUAGGGUCCAAUUUGUCAGAAGCAGUUGGAAGCCCAGUUCAAGAACCGCAGGAAAAGAUGGUCCACAGGAACUGUUUGAGCCCCAGGUCUGCGCCUUUAUCACGAGAAAGAGGGGAUGAGGAGGUGGAGGAUGUGAGGAGCGGCGUGUGCAGCGAUAUAAGGCCGGGAGGAGUUGUCUCUUCCCCGGGUAAACCUCAGACAGACCUCCUCUCCAACAAAGGGCAUCACAGCAGCUCUGACACGGAGUCCGAUUUCUAUGAAGAGAUAGAUGUGAGCUGCACGCCGGACUGCACGUCAGGAAGCAUGGAUUAUUCAAACAGCAAAGGUCAGUCCGGCGACUCUUCCAGUAACAGCACUGGGAACAGCGAGGCGGGGAAGGGCAGCGCAUCGCAGGCUGCUAUGGCCUGCGGAGCGGAUCAGAUGCGGCGCUAUCGGACGGCCUUCACUCGGGAGCAAAUUGCUCGCUUGGAAAAGGAAUUUUACCGGGAAAAUUAUGUUUCCAGACCCAGAAGAUGCGAACUGGCAGCUGCUUUAAAUUUACCCGAAACAACCAUAAAGGUGUGGUUCCAGAACCGGAGAAUGAAGGACAAGCGGCAGCGCCUGGCCAUGACUUGGCCCCACCCUGCGGACCCCGCCUUCUACACCUACAUGAUGAGCCACGCUGCGGCCACCGGCAACCUGCCCUAUCCCUUCCCGUCGCACCUGCCUCUGCCCUAUUACUCGCACAUGGGAGUGGGGGCCGGCUCGACCUCGGCGGCGCCUUUCAGCUCCCCUCUGAGGCCUCUGGACACGUUCAGAGUCCUGUCUCACCCCUAUCCGAGGCCUGAGCUGCUCUGUGCUUUUCGACACCCGUCUCUGUACCCCACCCCCGGCCACGGACUUGGCGGCGCAGGGGGCAGCCCGUGUUCCUGCCUCGCCUGCCACAGCGCUCAGCCCAACGGCCUGUCCCAAAGGUCUUCGGGAGCAGACUUCACCUGUUCAUCCACUAGUAGGACUGAUAGCUUCCUGACCUUUACACCUUCCGUGUUGAGUAAAUCCUCAUCAGUCUCUCUGGAUCAGAGAGAAGAAGUUCCUUUAACCAGAUAAAACUCAGGUUCUUUCAUGUAACGCGACGGCUAAGGGUGCUCGUGAGACUGCAGCAAGCUCCCUGACGAGAAAUGACUUAUCGGUUUGUGGCCCGACGCCAAGAUGGGACGCUUGCUAGGACGAAAAUGACACCGUAACAAAAAUAAUAAUGAUCAUGUUUAUCGGAGAAGCCCUGUUACGUACACUUGCUGCCCAGAGGAAUGUAAGAAAUAACAAUAAUAACAACACGUAAAUCUCAGGCUUGUAAACUGGGUUGCACCUGCAAAGGAAGGAAUCGCAAUUGCUUGUGAAAAAAACACGUCCAUCAGCAGUUAGUGUCAACACACCGAGUACCACUAUCAAUGACAAUACGCGAGGUUAUGAAAGUUCAUAAGGGGGGAAAUAAACUGAAUAAUAAAUGCCA